AUGUCUUUGCUGAAGUCAUCUGCUUUCUUUACAGCUGCUGAAAAGAACUCUGGGCUCCUGAGAAAGCCUUCCUGUCCUGACAUGGAGGAGAAGAUUGUGGCAUGUCCUCUGAACCUGGCUCCUGUGUGUGGCAGUGAUGGGAACACGUAUGCCAACGAGUGUACCCUGUGUGCCCAAAGACAAACAACCAAGAUGGACAUUUUGAUUGCCAAAGAGGAGAGCUGCUCACCUGCAUUACCCAACAUGGAGCCUGCGCCAAACAUGUGAAAUGACAGUCGGAUCUCAACUGUCCUCAAUGUUUGUGUCAUUGCAAUGAGUAAUAAAUGUCAAUCAGCAGCACAACAA